AUGUCAAAGGCCAAGGUCCGUUCUCACUUGCUGCAGUUGGUGGAUUCUGAUUCGGAAGACGGAAUUGGAGGAACCUCGCUCGGCGUGACUGUCGCGCAACAUUCGAAGCCGACACGAGCAAACAGCACGAUGCCCCCGAAGAAAGCCAGGGUUGGCCGCCAGGCUGCCAAUCGCGUCACCAAGCCCGCGCCAAAGACGUCCACCUCGAAGGCCCGUUCCAGCGACCGAAUCGCUGCGGCCGUGGACGAGGUGACCACGAGAAAGCAGUCGGCCAGCAAAACAACAGGCGCUUCCGCGAAGGAUUCUGGGCGUGGAGGCGGGCGCAAACCUGUCGCAGCCGCUGUUGAGGAGGUGGAGGACACAGUCAUGACAGAAGCCCCGAAAGCUGCCAUCGAAACACCCCCAGCCGCCAAGCAAAAAGGCCAUCGCGGCCGACCGAAAAAAGUGGUCGUCGAAGCAGAGACUCAGCCAUCUGGAGCACGGCGAGGGAGGAAGGCUGUGGAAAAAAGACCCGAGCCCGACACGACCGUGGAAGAGAUGGUUGAAAUCCCAGAGACACAGCAGCCGGAUGCGGCACAAAGCGAUGUCGACGAUAGCCACGACGACCUAGAAGACCUCCCAGUCUCGCAGUCCCCAGGACGCGCCAAAGUUGGUUGCGGCGGCGGUUCUGUCAGCGCGUCGAAGAGGCCUUUGCACACAAGCUCGCCAGAUAAAGGCGAUCCAACGCUGCGUCGCCGGCUUGGUGAGAUGACCCAGAAAUACGAAAGCCUGGAGCACAAAUACCGCGAUCUGAAGGAGAUCGCCGUCAAAGAAGCCGAGCGGAACUUUGACAAGCUCAAGAAGCAGACGGAAGACAAGUCCAAGGCCGCCGAAGAACUCAUCGCGACCCUCAAAUCCGAGCUAGCCGCGCAAAAAGAAUUUUCCAAAGAGAUCCAGCGCCUCAGAAAGGAGCUCGAAGCCAGCGAAUCCAAAGCUGACAACCUCCAAACCAAGCUCACGAGCCUCACCACCUCCCUCAACGAGUACAAAUCCGAAAUCAAAUCCCUCAACCUCAAACUGUCGGCCGCGCGCAGCGCCGAAGCAGCAGCUGCUGCCGCCGCCACCGCCAAGGUGCCAGGCAGCGCCAUAAACGGCGGCUCGGGGGCGGCCGCGGCCCACCGACUCGCAGCAGCGACCGCCUCGGAAGCGACGCUCGCGGCGCAAAAGAAGGAGGACCUCUACGGCGACCUGACCGGCCUCAUCGUGCGCAGCGUCAAGAGAGAGGGCGGCGAGGACGUGUUUGACUGCAUCCAGACGGGCCGGAACGGGAACGUCAGCCCCGACGAGGGCGGCGGCGAGGCCCAUUGCCACUACACCCCCCAGCUCGAGGCGAACCGGGACAGGGCGCUGAUCGCCGUGCUGCCGGACUUUCUUGUCGACGAAAUAUCGUUCCCGCAGGCGCAGGCGGGCAGGUUUUAUGCGCGGGUGCUCAAGGCGUUGAAUGAACCGGCAGAUGGGGGAGCUUCUGCUUGA